GGCGUUUUACAACUAGUUUUUGUUUAUACCAUGGUAACUCUUUAGUAUCUUUCAAAAUACAAGAAUGUGAACCGGCUUUGUUUACCAAAAUAAACCAAACUUGUGAACUAAUUAUUUAUCGUUCGCUGCUAUAUAGCAAUUAUGAGUUACGGAUUCUUGGCGGGCUACCAUAUUCCGACAGCUCAGUCCGAAGUAACAGAGGCAAUUGUACCACCACCACCUCCCCCUCUGGAGGAACAGCAACUAACUGUGGAUAUUCAUAAUCAAUACCAAAAUUUUAAUAGGUAUAUUCCAGCAGGCUUACAAGGCACCAACUAUACGCCACCCCCAGUUUCCAUACCCCAAAAGCGCAAAUACGAUGUUGGUCCUGGUAGUAGUACGAAGGAACCAUCGGACCAACCAGCAAGUUAUGGAUCAUUGGUAAUAUUUCAAGGAAGGGAUCCUAGUUAUCCAGAUGAAUUAAAUAAACUAAUACAUCCAUUGCAUUGUGCUUUAUGUUUUGUGCAAAUGAAUUCCGCUAAAAGUGCUAGGGAUCACUACCAAUCUAAGCAGCAUGAUCGCCAUAUAACAAGCUGGUUAAAAACAAACUAUACAGAUAAGGCAAUAACAGCUCCGACCAUUAAACGAUUCAUUAAAGAAGGACCAACUGGGCCAGAUGCAUUUCAAUGCGAUCUGUGUGAUUUGAAAUUUGGUUCUCUGGCACAUGCAAAUCAACACUUCGCUGGGCGAAGACAUAAGCUAGUCGCCAACAAAAUAUCACAACCAUCCGGUUCCGGUUAUUAUAAUGCAGAGCAUAAAUGGGUGCGAACUUCAACUAAAUAUGUACCCAAUGACGAUAAGGAUAGACGUUUUGGUAUUGGAGAAUUAUUCAAAUAUCAACAAUGUGUAAACGAAGUUACACCAACUCCCGAAAUUGCGACACCGACAACAGAAGGUAUUCAAUGCGCCAUAGAAACAGCAAAAAAUGUUUCAACAUCCUUAUUCUGUGAAAUCUGCAAAAUUGCAGCAACUUCAGAAUCGCAAAUGACUAUGCAUUUGCAAGGCAUAAAGCAUAAGAAAAAAUUAAAGGCUUUGGGAUUAGAAUGCACUAUUGAAAAAAGUCUUACCCCAUCUGGUAUACCGGCUAUUACUGUCAAUGGAGAAGGAACUAUACUACAAAGCCUUCAACAAAAUAAUCCCAAUGUAGAUUUAUCAAUGUAUCGAACACCGAGUGGCUCAUAUUAUUGUGAGUGCUGUAAUAUGUCCAUGUGUCAUGUAGCAGCGCUGCAGCAACACCUGAUUGGUAAAAAACAUUUGAAGAAAGUUAGCGAAGCUAAAGAAAAGAGCAAGCUCAAAUUAAAUUAAAAUAGAACAUAUAAGGAGAUUAAAAUGCUUUGGGAUGAUGUUCAUUCCAAAUCGUUGAACGACCUUUAAGGGAAUUGUAUCCAUUUUGAAGGAUUAUUUAUAGUUAAUUAGAGGAUAUUCCUUUAAAUUAUUCUUGUUACUGGAAAAACUCAAGUCGUAAAAUUAUAGAAACAUUUAUUUAUCGAGUUCAUUUGUGUUAGAACUCACUUAGAAUUAUUAAAUGCAAUAUUUUCACUCAUGGGCAUGAUAAUUACUGCAUACAUGCAUAUGUAAGUUCAUAUAUCCUUGAAUGUACAUACAUAUGUAUAUAAUAGAUUGCAUGUUGUUACUUACGUUCAUUAAGAUUUUAAAUUGAAAAUAAAUUUUAAUUUAAGGCCUGGUGCCUUAAAAC